CCCGAUGGUGCGUGCCAACAGCGAAACUGUUGAAGAGCUGGUGCUCUCCCGAUGUACAACAGAGUACCUCGACGAAAUGGCGUACGAUUGUGACGAGGACCACCACUGCAUAUACCCGAGGCUCACCAAGCUGACCAUCAAUGACGACUACACUUCAGUCGAUGGAGUCGAUGGAGUCGAAAGCCCAGCCAGCAGCCACCACUUCCCGUCCCUGAGCACGCUCAAUAUCUUCACACGCUGGGAUUCCGAUUUCAGCUUCUUUGUGGGCAACAACCGCACUAUGCUGACAUCCCUGUCGUUCUGCCUCACAGAAUCGCUCCUCGAGUCACUCCAAGGCUACGUAUUCCCAAACCUCAGGCGUGUCUGUAUUCUGGAGAGCGACUACGAGAUAUCGGGUAUCAAGGCCGGUGCGCCUAUCAGAGAAUUCAACCUGCCGUUCCUGAUUGCUCCCAAUGCUGAGCAGAUCGAGUGCAACAUUAUCUGCAAUCCGCGGCUCAUUACCCCGAAUGCCAUCAUUCCGUACAGGUUUUCGAACCCGCGCCUUCGCCACCUGGCUGUAGAUCAUUUUGAGCCGACGCUGAGGGAGCUGUCGAGAUUGCUAGCCUCUCUUCCGCAGCUCACCAGGCUCGGGAUCCUGGGAAUCCGCGGUGACCUUCCUGCCGGCACAAUAUAUUUCGAUGAAACGAUCAAGACAUGGCUGACAAUACUCGACCUGCCAGCACUCAAUAUGGCCACUGAGUUAAUGAGCGACUGUUCGUUGGCGCAAUAUGCAGCAGAAAUCAAAAAGCCCAUAUAUGACAAGUAUCGCGAGAGACUAAGCGGCCCACUAUUUUGCGAUAAUCUCAAUAUACGGGAGUAGCCGUGGCAUUUCAGCCAAU